AUGAAUGAAAAUGAACCAACUAUGUUAUUGAAUGAAGCUACAUUUUUAAUUGGAAAAAAUUCUUUCAAAACUGAACGAUCCAAUGAAGAUGAUUAUGUUAAUGAAAUGAAUCUUAUAGGCCAUAAAAUUUGUCAAAAUGGUAAUCAUAUUAUUGACAAUCAUAUUAAUGGUAAUGAUAAUUAUGAAGUAGAUGAUAAUGAUGAUGUUGAUGAUUAUACAGAAUUACAUCAUGAUUUAAGUACAGUACAUGAAUUAGAUUCACAUAGUAUAGAAUCUGAACAAACAAUGAAUACAACAAGAGUGUUAACAAAAAAAAUUACAACAACACCUAAUGGUAUAAUACAUAUAUAUCAUACUGAUAAUUCACAUAACAAUAAUUCUAAUAAUACAACAAGACAUCAAAAACAUAUAAAUAAUUAUGUUGACAAUGAUGAAGUGAUUGAUGAUAUGGAUGAUGAUAUUAAUUGUGAAGAUCAAUCAAUUAAUGAACUUGAUAUAACGGAUGAAUCAAUAUAUUAUGAACCUUAUUCUAGAUCACAAAUUAAUGUAACAUUGGGAAAACGUAAUCAACUCAAUGAUACAUUAAAUAAAAGAUCUAGUAAAAGUCAUACAACAUUGAACAAUGCAAGUUGGAAAGUAUUAAAACCGAAUAAAUCAAAAGACUAUGUACUAGCUGUCUCACCACGUCCUCCAUUACCAAGAAAUAUACAAACAUAUAAUCAUGGUUAUUAUCCAAGUAGACGUGAGCAUUCACAUGCAAAUGAAUUCCAUAGUAAUGUUAAUGGUAGCCGUGAAGGAAUAGGAGGUGGUAACAAUGGUCCUUUUGAUUAUUGGACUAUUCCAAGAAAUUCUCAACCGCAUUACAAGAUACGAAGUUCAGAGAAUAAAGAAUUUUAUAUGCCUGGGAAUUUAUUUCUAAAUGAAAAAUCUCUACCACGAUCAAGACGUAAAGGUCAUAGAAAUGUUAGAGAAAAAAGUGAAGCUAUACUCAGUGGGUCAGGUAACACUGGAAAGCAUCAUAAUCGUCGAAAUUCUGCCAAACCUUCUGAUAAGGUGGAAAGUACUGGUUUAACACAAAAUAAAAAUGACAUACCAAAUGUAACUGAUCCAGAGAAAUGUCGAAGUGAAUUAAAAGUUUAUUUUCGAUUUUCUCGUGGAACUCUAAGUGAUCCAUUCACAUUUGACUAUUUAAAAAAUAAAGAAUUAUUAAUACAACUUCAAGCACGUUGUCGUGGAUGGAUUACACGAAGUAAAUCUUCUAAUCAAAGGACUGAAGAAAAAGCAGUGAGAUGUAUUCAGAAAAAUGCAAGUAUUAUGCUUGAUCCUUGGUUUCGUCUAAUGUUGGCAUUAAAACCAUUAAUUCGUACACAUCGUACAGAAGAGGAAUUGUUAUUCCUUAGAAGUGAAUUAGAAAGAUACAAAGCACUAGUUCGUAUGUUACGCUUCGAAAAUGCGGAAUAUCAAGCCAGAGUAGCAAAUUUAGUACAGUUGUUGGAACAAAUGAGUACAAAUGUGUCAAAUGCAUCUACAGUGCAAAGUUUAGUACAACAGAUAUCAGAAGCGCUGAGUAAAAACCAAGAGUUCUGGCAGACGUUAGCUGCUGAUAACAAGGCUUUAAAUGCAUUAGCUCCUCAGAAGCCUAGUAAUUUGCUUGAAGUUGAGCCGUCUCCCCUAAAUCUCGGAUCUCCAAUGACUAAACUGAAAAAUGAUGCGGAAUUUUAUCGUGAUCAAGUUGAGCUAUUACGUGAGGAGGCAGAUGAACAACAAUUACGUUCUGCUGAACAUUAUAAAAAUCAAGUUCGUGUUCUUGGUGAACGUGUAGAACAAUUACAGCAUAUUUUAGCCUUAGAAUCUAGUAAAGUUGAACGUUUGAGCUCGGAACUAGAAGAGAAAAAUUCUACAGAAGCUGAAGGUAAAGCAUAUGUGCGUAAUCUUGAACUUAUGGUGAAUCAAUUAAGUAAACAAUUAGAACAAAGAAGUAAAUUAUUAGCGAAUGGAGUUGGUAAUGAUGAACAUGAACAAAGCCAAAAUGAUGAAAAAGACGUGAAGACAAAAGAGCUAAUUACUGAACUACAAAAUGAACUGGCUACACAUCGUGAUUUAGUUGUUAAACUCAGAGAAUAUUUAUCAUCACAUUCUGAUGUGUCUUCACAACUUGAUAGUAAUACUCAAUGUGCAUUAGACUUAUUGAACUCACCAAUUCUAAUUGGUAAAACAAAUUUAAAUCAACAGCAAGCCCAACAUUUCUUUGGAUCAUCUAGAACACAAUCUAGAGAGGAAGUGAAUGAUUUAACUCCAAGAAGCAAUACAUCACAUCAAUUAGCUGAAAUGAAAAAACAAUUGGUACUUAUGCAUAAACAGUUGAUUGAAUCAGAAGAUACCGUUAAACAAGAAGCGGAAAAUCGGGAAGAACUAGAAGCUGAAAACUUUAGUUUAUAUGAUAAAAUAUCUAUACUGGAUAGACAAUUACGUCAUAUACAAGAUGAAUACGAUGAACUUGUUAAGAAAGAAAUGAUUAAUCAACGUACAUUAAAAGAUGUUCAAGAACUUUUAGAUGAUGAAUCAAGAAAACGUACAAAACUUGAACAACAAAAUAAAGAAUUGGAACAACAAUUAGCUGAAUUACGUGAUUACAAUGAACCCGAAGAUGAUUUAGUAACGAGAGAGUGGGAAUCAAUCAAAUCAAAAUUACGUGCUGAUGCUAUGUUUUAUAAGAGGAGUUUAGAUCAAUUACGGGAAGAAUAUGACCAAUAUCGUAUUGACAAUGAUCCUGUAUCCAUGCAAAGACAAUUGACAGAAAAAGAAGAAAAAGUAAAUUUAUUAGAAAAGGAAAAACAACAAUGGCGUAUGGAAUUGGAUAUACAAAACGUAAAGCUACAAAAUGCUACUUCAUUAUUAGAGGAUACCGAAUUGCGCCUAAAAAUGCUGAAUAGAGAACGUACAGCCCAAAUGCAUCGUAUGUCCCAACUUGAAACAGAAAGAGAUGAAUUAAUUAGACAAGCAGCUACAAUAACAGGUAGAGCUGCAGCUGAUAGGGAGAUGGCUAUUGCUAAAUUACGUGAAAUGGAUGAAUUACGUUCAGAAAGAGAUAUUUUAAGAAAAGAAUUGACAGAAGUAAAACAAGAACUUGCUGGAAGUACAGCUGAAAAUGCAGCUGAACGACGUCAAUUACAAGCACGUUUACGUGAAACAGAAGCUCACAAUGAAGCACGUAUUUCAGAUAUUAAAUCUGAAUUAGAAAGGGUUCGUGAGGAACUAGAACAACUGCAAGUUGAAUUGCAAACGACACAAGCAUCAGAAAUGGAAUUACGAAGUGUUAAUCAACAUCAAAAAUGGAAAAUUCAUGAAUUAGAGGAUCAAGUUAUUCAUUACACUAGUCGUAUUUCCGGUUUGGAACGUCGCAGCAUCGAUUUAGAUGCUGAAUUAGUACGUGCAAAAGCCGAUUUAAGCGCUUCACGUGAAACAGCUUCAUUAAGACGUGCAACCAAAACUCGUAUGGCAGAUGAAUGGUUAAAUAUAUUAGAUAUUCCAAACGAAACUGAAGACUAUGAUGAUGACGAUGGUUAUCAAAGAGAAGUCAUUUUGUUUAAAAGAAGAAGUAGACAAAAUAUUAAUGACACAAGUGAUGAUUUGGUAAAACAAAGAUUAAGAAUUGGUCAAUCAGAAAAUGAUCUGUUAAAAAAUGAUUCUAAAGAGUAUAAAUCAAGUAAUCCAAUUUUAAAAGAUUCUAGAUAUCGAUCAGAAAGUGUUCUAUCAAAUAUUGGUCGAAUAAAUCGAAAAUCCACAAUUCGUUCAGACAUCAAUGAUACAAGAAGUAAAUCAUCAAACAAUUUAAAAUCGAAUGAAUUGAAAUCUUCAACUAAUUCAUUACAAACUGAAUUUCAAGAAAAAAAUGAACUUUACAACAAUGACACACAAAAAGAGAGCAAAGAAUAA